AGCGAGUAGAGUGAAGAUUUGAGUCAACACCGAUGGAACAUCAACAGUACAGAGAGCGACUAUAAGCUCAGCCCUCUCUCUCCUUUUCCUCCUCUCUCUUUCUCUCUCUAAACCGCUUAAACAGGGCGCCAGCAGCAGAAAAACGCGCCACCAUCACCACCGACCUUAUUUAUCAUUUUCUCUCUAAAAAUACGCCGGCAUGGGCUGCGCGGCGUCGAAGCUGGACAACGAGGACACGGUGAGGCGGUGCAAGGAGCGGCGCCGUCUAAUGAAGGAGGCCGUCUACGCGCGCCACCACCUCGCCGCCGCCCACUCCGACUACUGCCGCUCCCUCCGCGUAACCGGCACCGCCCUCUCCGUGUUCGCCGCCGGCGAACCCCUCUCCGUCUCUGACCAGACCCCCGCCGUCCUCCUCCGCACCCCCUCCUCCCUCUCCCGCUCCUCCACCAUCAACCCCCCUCCGCCGCGAGUCCCCUCUCCCUCCCCCUCCCUCCGCCAUCCACCACCACCACCUCCUCUCUUCUCUCCGUCGCCGUCCCCGUCCCCGUCCCCCACCAUCCAUAGCUCCAAACUCCCUCACAUCCUAUCCGCCUCCAAUCUCCCGACCUCUCGCCGCCGGAAACCAGUGAAACUCCCACACAUUCUCUCCGAAUCGAGCCCUUCUUCGUCUCCACAGAGCCACAACCCCUACAGAUCGAAUAAUUAUACAGAAAACUUUACAUACAACGCAAAUUCAACAUUCUCUGCCACUCCUUCUCAAACCUCAUCGGUCUGGAACUGGGAAGAAUUCUACCCUCCGUCACCACCCGAUUCCGAGUUCUUCCAACAACGGAACAACAUUGACAACGACAAGGCCUCGAACUACAGCUACCAAAAUCAACCCAAACACCACCACAUCGACGACGACAAGGUCUCGAAUUUCAGCUACCAAAAUCAACCCAAACACCACCACAUCGACGACGACAAGGUCUCGAAUUUUAGCUACCAAAAUCAACCCAAACACCACCACAUCGACGACGACAAGGUCUCGAAUUUCAGCUACCAAAAUCAACCUAAACACCACCACAUCGACGACGACAAGGCCUCGAAUUUCAACUACCAAAAUCAACACAAACACCACAUGGACGAUGACAAGGUCUCGAACUACAGCUACCGAACUCAACACAAACACCACCACAUCGACGCAGAUGAUGAAGUUGAAGAGACGGAUAGAGAAGAGGUUCAGUGCAGCGAAUGGGACGACCACUACAGCACGACUAGCUCCUCCGACGAAGAGGAGGACAAGGAGUCCAGAUCCGAGAUCGGGACACGGUCGAAUUUCGGAUCCUCCGUGCACAACGAAUCGAAGGCGGUGCCGCCACCGGCGUCAAAAUAUUCGACGAUGAGCAAAUCGGAUAAAUCUGACGACGCCGGAUCUUCGGUGAGCUGGAACGCCGGUAACGGCGGGAUUUCCGACAUGAAGAUUGUGGUGAGGCACCGAGAUCUGGCGGAGAUUGUAGCCGCGAUCAAAGAGAACUUCGAUAAUGCUGCUUCGGCCGGCGAAAAGGUCUCGGAGAUGCUCGAGGCCAGCCGAGCUCAGCUCGAUCGUAGUUUCAGACAAUUGAAGAAGACUGUGUAUCAUUCGAGUGGAGUGUUGAGUAACUUGAGCUCGAGCUGGACUUCCAAACCGCCAUUGGCCGUUAAGUACCGGUUCGAACCCGGUCCAAUGGAUGAACCGGGCGGUUCGAAGAGUCUCUGUUCCACUUUGGAACGGCUCUUGGCUUGGGAGAAAAAACUCUAUCAAGAAGUAAAGGUUCGAGAAGGUGUGAAAAUUGAGCAUGAAAAGAAGCUGUCAACCCUGCAGAGUCAGGAGUACAGAGGGGACGAGCAAGCAAAGUUGGACAAGACAAAGACCUCAAUACAGAGUCUGCAGUCAUUAAUUUUGGUCACAUCUCAGGCUGUCUCUACCACCUCCUCCGCCAUCAGUGGUCUAAGAGAUGCUGAACUUGUCCCGCAGCUUGUAGAACUUUGCCAUGGAUUCAUGUACAUGUGGAGAUCAAUGAACCAGUUCCAUGAAGUCCAGUACCACAUUGUGCAGCAAGUGCGGGGCCUAGUCAACCGAUCAUCCAAUAGUGAAUCAACAACCGAUCUGCAUCGGCAAGCAACACGUGACCUUGAGGCAGCCGUCUCUGCCUGGCACUCCAGUUUCUGCCGCACAAUAAAGUUCCAACGGGACUUCAUCCAGUCACUCCAUGGUUGGUUCAAGCUCACCUUUAUACCUGUCAACAAUGAACCUUCCAUUGGCAACAAGGAACCUUCCGAGGUAUAUGCCUUCUGUGAUGAGUGGAAGCUUGCCCUUGACCGUCUCCCUGACACAGUUGCUUCCGAAGCCAUCAAGAGUUUCAUCAAUGUUGUCCAUUCAAUAACUCUGAAACAAACAGAGGAGCUCAAGAUUAAAAAGCGAACUGAAUCUGCAUCAAAAGAGCUUGAGAAAAAAUCCUCAUCUCUUCGGAACAUAGAAAAGAAGUAUUACCACUCAUACUCUAUGGUUGGUAUUAGCCUUCCUGAUACUGGACCUGAUAAUGGGCAUGCAUUGGAUGCAAGGGACCCCCUUGCUGAGAAAAAGUCCGAGCUCGCAGCUAGCCGAAGGCGAGUGGAAGAUGAGAUGCUGAGGCACUCCAAGGCGGUAGAAGUAACGAGAGCAAUGACACUGAAUAACAUUCAGACAGGCUUGCCGGGAGUUUUUCAGGCUAUGACCAGUUUUUCUGCCUUAAUUAUGGAGGCCCUCGAGGUAGUAUGCACCCGUUCCUAUGCUAUUAAGUAGAUAAACACAAGUGUAUUUCUAAUACUUAUAUUAUUUUUCUUUUUGGGUUUUGAGGUCAGUUGGAAUUAGUAAGGGCUGGGAUUUUUGACUGGUGGGCUCCCUUUUUUCUUUUUUCUUUUGUUUUUUUUAAUUUGUUUUUGGGUAUGUAGAUAAUAUGGAAUUUUGUGAUUUUUAUCAUCCUUUUUCUUGGUUGGAAGAGGGGAAUGAAAUGUCAGUGUACAUGAAAUUUGCUUGCAUUGUUGUAUCAGAGGUUCACUUUUGAGCAGAUGAAUAAAUGUAUGGCUUUCUGCUUUUCUUCUGA